AGAUGAUCCCUGAGCAUGAAAAGCCAGAACGCUCUGCACCUUCAACCUCGCAUUGUUAAAAGACCGCUGGGAAACGACUGCAACAUGCUUUUCAGCCAGAAGAUGCGAAGUCUUGCCGUUGCCGCCUUCUUCUCCUGCGUUGCUAUUUCGCUGGCAAACCAGAGAGAGUCCGUGUGCUGUAAGGAGGUUUCCUCCAGCAAAAUCAACGUGCCCAUAACAGGAUUCAUGGUUCAUCAAGCAAGACCUCCGUGUGUCAAAGCAGUCAUUUUUUUCACAUCUGAAGGUGCUAAAUGCAGCCACUGGAGAGAGAAUUGGGUCAAGGAGAAGGUCACAGAGCUCAGGCGACUUCAGGCAAUAGAGAAAAACAGGAAGAUGAUCACGACCACAAUCGCUACAGAAGACUAAAUCCGCUUCAACAAACCUUUAAGAAGAUUUACAAAAAAGACUCUUCCUGUUUUCUUUCUUAUGUGUAUUUGCAUGACCUGCUUAUUAUCCCAGUUUGGUUUUAACAAACUUAUUUAUUUGUUAAUAUUUAUUGUCAUCGUUUGAGUUGAGUAACAUAUGAGAGAAUAUUUCAUAAGGCUUUUUAUUAUUUAAAGAGAAAUUCCAAUCCUGCAAAUAUUUUGAAAUUUGAAUUGUGAGCCCAUAGAUAAAAAUACCAUAAUUGAAAUGUAUUAAGAAUGAGCAAAAGUGUAAUAAAUAGACGUUUUGAAAAUUAUAUUCUUUUCUCCUUCAGGCUGAGUAUACACACUAUAUAGCAGUACACUAUUCAGGGUAAAAAAUAAUGGGUUUAAUUAAGCCAAAUUAAUAUUUAAGGUGCAAUGGGUCACUUAAAUCAGAGAGGAGAGGUUGGAAGUAAUUUGUUACCUCAAAAUAGUUCCCCUUCUAAAUCUGGUUGUGUUUGCAACACGGUACUGCUUCCUCACCUGUGAAAUAAGGACUAAACUGAGCACGUGUAGAGUGAAUUAUGUGAUUGAUAGCUUGUACCUGAUCGGAGAAAUUGAAAGUGCUACAAUGACUCCGUGUUACAACCGUCCCCAGUCUCCCUUAACUGUUAUAUGUACAUAUAUAAUAAUGACUUGCUGACAAUUUGUCAAGGGCGCUAACAUGAUGAUCUACAUAAGAGACUUUAUUAGGAGACGAUAAUAAUCCUGAACUUGUCUAUUUUCUUUAGUCUGUAACUAUUUAACUUAACUAUUUAACUAGCUCACCAUAUGUUAUUAUGUUACGUUUUAUUGUUUGUUUGUCUGUUUGCUGUCUGUUUUACUCUCCCAAUGGGCCUGCUAAUGGAUUUCUGAUUUGUCCAACACAUUGAGAAAAGAUCUUGAUUAAAUAUUGGAAUCUUUUACUUGG